AUGAACAAGAAAUAUCCAAAACUGGAGACGUUGCCAGUUCCCACCGAUAUCGCGGACCCCGCAUCAGUAGCCGCGCUUUUCCAGAAAAUCAAGCAGAAGUACAGUCACGCAGACGUACUUGCCAACAACGCCGGAGUAUUCAAAGCCAUCGCACCAGUCAAGGACAUCGACCAAGCAGCCUCGUGGGAAGAACUAACCCUCAACAUCCACGGCACAUUCCUAGUAACGCAAUCCUUCCUCGCGCUCCUCUCCACCCCCCACACCCCCGCUAAAAUCCUAACCCCCACCACCAGCGCUGCCUACGAAGUCUUCCCCGCCCUCUCCGCCUACGACCUCAGCAAGCUCGUCGUCUUCCAGCUCAUGACGUACGUCGCGGCCGAGAAUCCCAAUGUGCUGGCCGUAUCUCUCCAUCUAGGUAUUGUGCUAAUGAGCAUGACGAUCGACGCUUUCAUGCCGUUUGCGAAGGACACGCCGGCGCUGCUGGCGGGGCUGGGGACGUGGCUUGCAGGCUGGGAGGGCGUGGAGAGGGGUUUUUUGAGCGGGCGUAUAUUCUUCAACCCACAACCCGGCUGCGCCCCCCGUUGCUUCGUUUCCUGGCCCUCGUCCGCUGCGGUGUCUUCAUCGGGCUUUCGCCGCGGAAAAGCACUCACGCAGCCGCACAUUCUCCUCCUGCAUUUGCACCAGCUUCUCUGGUAA